AUGUCUUUCCUCAACCAAGACUUCGGCGAUGCCUCUGACGACGAGGACGAUUUCAACCCCGCCCCUGCUGUAGCCUCCGAUGAUGAAGGCGAAGACAACCAGGACAACGACCAGCCACAGAAUGAUAACGAUGACGAUGAUCAAAAUGUCCAAUCCAACGCCCGCCGUUCGUCUGCCCAAAGCGACGACCAAGACGAAGACGCCGCUCCUGCUAGGAACCGUCGGACCAACGAUGAAGAUGAUGAAGAUGACGAGGAGGAUGAAGAGGAUGAGGAUGAGGACGAUGAGGAUGAAGAUAUAGGCCAUCCCCGCAAACGUCGCCGCAAGGGUCCCCGCAACCAGUUCCUCGAUGUUGAAGCCGAAGUCGAUGAUGAAGACGAGGAGGAACCUGAUGAGGACGAUGAAAUUGCUGGCGAGGAGAUGCACCCUGAUGACUUGCUCGAGCUUCCUGCAGGCGCCGAACGCGACGAUCGCAAGCACCGCGAACUCGACAGACAACGCGAUCUGGCUGCUAGUAUGGAUGCCGAAAAACAGGCCCAAGCCCUGAAGGAGCGUUAUGGAAGAAACAGAGCAGCAAAUGUCGACUCGGCCGUUGUUCCUCAGCGCUUGUUGCUUCCCAGUGUCGACGACCCGCACAUCUGGCGCCUCAAGUGCAAGCCUGGCAAGGAGCGAGAAGUCGUCUUUGCCAUCAUGAAGCGUAUUGAGGACCGCGCAGGCACGAGAGAGCCGUUGCAGCUGAUCUCAGCAUUCGAAAGAGGUGGCGUCAUGUCUGGAAACCUUUACUGCGAAGCCAGAGUUGUCGAAGAUGUCACAACUGCUCUCGAGGGACUUCAAAACGUCUACAUGGGCACCAAGCCCAUGAUGGUUCCCAUUACUGAGAUGCCUGAUCUCCUCCGCACUCGCAAGAGCAAAUCUCUCGAACCUGGAAUGUACGUCCGUGUCAAGCGCGGCAAGUAUGCUGGUGAUCUUGCUCAGAUUGACGAGGUCGAGUCAAACGGCACUGAAGUCACCUUGCGCCUUAUUCCCCGUCUGGACUACGGUUUGAACGAGGAUGUCAACGCUGCUACAGAUGCUAAGCGCAAGCGCUUUGGCUUUGGCUCAAAUACUGGUCCCCGCCCUCCCCAGCGUCUGUUCAGUGAAAAUGAGGCAAGGAAGCGUCACGGUCGUUACCUGACAAAGGGCACUGGUUUUACUGCAAACACCUGGACGUACAUGAACGAUACUUACGUCGAUGGUUUCCUCAUCAAGGAUUACAAGGCCAACCAUUUGCAGUCCGAGGAAGUCAACCCUACUUUGGAAGAAGUCACCAAAUUUGCCGCUGACGCUGAGGAUGGAACUGAAAAUCUGGAUCUUUCUGCCCUCGCCGCUACCAUCAAAAGCAACGCCUCUGGUGCCUUCCUCCCAGGUGAUCAUGUCGAGAUCUGGCAAGGCGAGCAGCGCGGUGUUGUCGGAAAGGCUGUUUCCGUACACUCUGACAUCGUGCGCAUCCUCGUCUCUUCCGGUGAGCUUGCUGGUCAAAUCAUUGAGUCUCCUGUCAAGGGUCUGCGUAAGCUCUUUAGAGAGGGUGAUCACGUCAAGGUCAUUGGAGGAAGCAAAUAUUUCGAUGAAGUUGGUAUGGUCGUCAAGAUUGUCGAAGAUCGUGUCACCAUCUUGACCGACUCGAACCAAACCGAAAUCACCGUCUUUAGCAAAGACUUGCGUGUUGCUACGGAUUCUGGUGGUCAAGUCGGUGUUGGUAAGUACGACCUCCACGAACUUGUUCAGCUUGAUGCAUCCACAGUGGCUUGCGUGAUCAAGGUUGAUCGCGAGUCGCUUCGUGUGCUUGACCAGACUGGCACAGUAAGAUCACUUCUCCCAUCCAACAUCUCCAACAAGCUCGAACGUCGCAAGAACGCCGUUGCUACCGAUCGCGAGGGUUCCGAGAUCCACAUCGAUGACACCGUCAAGGAGGAGGGUGGUGAGGGUAGACAAGGUCGCGUUCUCCACAUCCAUCGCAACUUCCUGUUCGCACACAACCGUGAACAGACGAAUGAUGCCGGUGUCUUUGUGGUUCGCACAAACAAUGUCAAGACUGUUGCAGCCAAGGGUGGCAGAGUCGCAUCUGCUCAGGCUGGUCUUAUGAAGAUGAACCCAGCACUGCAGCGCCCAGGUGCUCAACAGGCUCAAGCCAUGCCGCCACCACGUCAAAUGGGUCGUGACAGACUUCUCGGCAAGACUUGCACUAUCCGUAGAGGCCCUCACAAGGGCCUCUUGGGCAUUGUCAAGGAAAGCACAGACACUCAUGCACGUGUAGAGAUCCAUGGUAGCAAGAAGAUUAUCUCCAUCAGCAAAGAGUUUUUAACUGUCCGAGACCCUGUCACGGGAGCGGUAAUCCAGCAGUCCGCGGGUCAACGACCUGGCGGCCCACCAAUGGGUGCCUCUGGCGGCAGCAGACCACCCGCUUGGGGAGGAGCGACGCCAGGUGGUAGAUUCGGAGCCACUCCAAGAGCUUCAGAUGGUGGGAGAACUCCAGCUUGGAAGCCAAUGGCUGGCGGAAGGACUCCCGCGUGGGCUGGAGCUGGUGCAGGAGCUGGUGGAAGAACUGCGUAUGGCGGAAGUAGUGGAGCCAGUAGCGUACCGGCAUGGCAGAGAGGAAGCGGAGGCGGCACGAGUUAUGGCGGCCAGACGAGUUACGGAAAUGGUGGCCAGACAAGCUACGGAGGCCAAACAAGUUACGGCGGAAGUACGGCGUACGGCGGCGGCACAUGGAACCCAAACACACGCACACCUUUUCACAGCGGCGGCACAGCCUACGAAUCCGGCUCGAAGACACCCGCGUACGGCGAAGCCCCUACGCCAGGCUACAACAGCGCGCCGACUCCCGGAAUGGACUUCAAUGGUCAAUAUCGUACUCCGGCUGCUGCCCCCACACCAGGUUCCUUCCCGGAAACUCCAGGCGCUUGGAAUGCGGAAACACCUGCUGGUGAUGGAGGCCCUGGGUACGAUUGA